UUACAUAUGUGGUGAAAUAACAUUUUCGUCACAGAAACGCAAUCUGACGCCUCUUGUGAAGACUGCCUAUCAGCAUUUUUUUGGUAUGAAGGUAGGGGACCAGGAUAAAUCAUGGGCUCCACAUAUAUGUUGCAACUCUUCUUCAGUUAUACUUUGAGAAUGGCUGAAAAAUAAAAGACGAUCUAUGGCUUUUGCUGUGCCUAUGGUUUGGCGGGAGCCUACAAACCAUAUAGAUGACUGCUACUUCUGCUUGACUCCACCUAUAAAGGCAGGAUUGUCAAUGUAGAAAAGAGGAACAGUUCAAUACCCAAAUCUUCCAUCUGCUAUUCGACCUAUUCCACAUUCAGAUAGUUUACCAGUUCCUACUCCACCUCAACAUUAUGAGCUUGAAGUAGAAAAUGAAGACAGUGUGGAAGAAGAAGAACCCAACAAGCCUUCCACAUCCCAUGACCCAGAUUUUGGGGUAAAAGAUGAUACACCGCACCGACUGAGUCAAGCAGAAUUGAGUGAUCUCAUUCGAGACCUUGACGUGUCAAAGGAGAAGGCAGAACUUCUAGGGUCAAGACUACAGCAAUGGAAUCUUCUUGAACGUGAUGUCAGGGUCUCACAUUACAGAGAACGUCAGAGACUUUUUCCCUCCUAGUUGUGGAGCUGUCAGUGAUGAACACGGAGAAAGAUUCCAUCAGGAUAUUUCUGCAAUGGAACAAAGAUAUCAGGGCCAUUGGAAUGAAGCUAUACUUAUGGAUUACUGCUGGUCUGUGUGUAGGAAUGCUCCGGAAUUUACUUUUGGCAAGCCAAAAGAAAACGAUCUCAUGAAGCCACCACAUGAUUCUCUUCACACCGAACCACCUGCCAGGCAAACCUGGCAGAGACAUGUCACAAUGGAAGUGCCAAAAGGAAAGAUUGCUACAGUCACUACGGACUUCGAAUCAAAACACUACAUUUUUGUCAAGUCUGUAAUGAAAAAUGCCCUUACAGACCAUGAAGUCAUUGUCUACCAUUGCCCAGAACUAAAUGAAAUUAAGCUGGCGUUCUGUUUUGAGUUUGAAACAGAACAGUUGUUCUUCGUUGUCGAGGAGGACGACAUAAAGCUACUUAAUAAAAAGGAGAAUACCAAUUUGCCAGAUGAGAGAUGCCUGUUCAUGUGGGAUAAAAAGACUGGGGAAUGGGGGUACCUAAGAUCUGUGGCAGAACCUGGAAAGUACCUCUGCCUUGAGAAAGACAAGGUCACCGUCGGCCAAAAUCCAGUGAAAUUUAGACUUAAUGAAUUAGAGUCCAAAUGAAAAAAUGUAUCCAAACCUACAUUGUAAAGCAACUAGUGGUGAUAGGAUUGUUAGUUGCUCAAGUUUUGUGAACUGACAGUCCAUCGCAGCUAGCUGGCAUAUACAGUGGGGAGUAUUUGAUACACUGCCGAUUUUGCAGGUUUUCCCACUUAC